CAUGUGUGCAAAGUUGAGUUAAACAUAAAAUUAAAAGUUAAACAACAGUGUACACACGAUGACACAAGAGGUGAAGAGAACAAAAAAAAGAACGCGCAUAAGGAAACAACUCGGGAGGAAAACAAGACGGAAAAACUGACCAAACCCGCUGAAUUGAAAUAUGGACCUGCUGUGUCAUUCCCAUAUCAAAGAAUAUGGUCCAGAUGUGUUUUGAUACUCGGAGUUCUGCUCAUAAUUUGGUACAAUAACAGACAGGGCAAAGAAAUAUAUUUAGCAAAGCAGAAAGAUGUAUUGGUAAGUCGUACGCAGAACGUUGACUGUUCUAAGGAUUAUAGAGACGAGUUAGAAAAAUAUCCUGGCUGUGUACCAGAAAAAUGUGGCAGAGUUGUAACUGACAAACUCGUCUCGACAACAGAGGCAGAUGUUUUACUGAAACUAGCAAAAAGCGGAUUAGAUUUGGCUGGAUCAGAUGGUGGGGCGAGUAUUCUAGAUUUACAUUCUGGUGCUCUUAGCAAGGGUCAAGAUUUUAUUAAUAUCUACAAACGACCAGAAGCAAAGAAGAUAUUUAACAGUGUGGAUGCAACAAUUUAUAAAGUAGUAAAAACAAAAAUACAACAUGCAGUGGCGCAUAACUUUGGUAUAGAUAUAAAUAAAAUCUACUUAACCAAACCUACUUUCUUUUCACGGAUGACUAACAAGCCUGCGAAAACUGUACACGACGAGUAUUGGCAUCCACAUGUUGACAAGGAAACAUAUGAAACAUUUCAUUAUACAUCGUUGCUAUAUUUAAAUGAUUAUAGUAAAGAUUUCGAAGGCGGUCGAUUUGUAUUUAUGGAUAAAAAUGGUGUUAAUACUACGAUAGAACCGAGAAAAGGAAGAGUAUCGAUUUUUACUUCAGGGAGCGAAAAUUUACAUCUAGUCGAAAAAGUGAAAUCUGGUAUUCGUUAUGCCUUAACUGUGUCUUUCACAUGUGAUAAGAGUGCAGCAAUAUCCGAUCUGCGCUUUACCGACGCGUUAAAUUAAGAUUUAAGAUUUUAAGACUUUAUUUUAUUAACAUUCCUUUGGUUAUCAAAUAUAUAAACAUGUGCAUAGUGAAUACAUUGUUAUUCAUUAAUUGAUAUUUGUUGUAAAGGAAAUAUCAUGUAAAUUUUAAGAGUUGAUAUUUGUAUUCAUAAACUGUUAUAUGCCAUUGAACAGUAUUAUUGUAAGUAUUGUAAUAGUAUAAAGGAAAAUAAAACAAAUAUACAUUUGUAUGAUUUUAUUUU